UUGGGGCAUUGGAGCCACGUGACACCCAGAGGUAACUCGGUGGAUUCACGGGGUAUAUAAGAGCCAGCAACAAGAAGCCAAUCAAACUUGUGUGCCUUUGCUCAUCAAGAACUGCUAAAAGUUCGAUCAAACGACGAUCCAUCAAUACUGAUUUUGAGUUAGACACAGCGAACUAAAGAAAGAAAAAAAAAUGUCUCACGGUCCUCAAUUGACAGUCUCAGCCUUCUUUUCAGUGGUUGUUCUUCUACUAUGCUCCAACCCUGUCAUCGGACGAUGGGGCCCACGCGACGGAGAUGGUCAUGACCUGGCACUUCAAGGCAAGGCUGUCGUCCAUGCAGGGCAUCGUCUUGAACGAGCGAUCGUACCCGAUUAUGCUACUGCAAGAAAGGCGCAUUUGAUCGGCAAAAACGAGGACGUCAUUUGUUUACCAAAAUCACCUGCCUUGCCCCUACCGGAAGACGAUGCUACAUUCACGUUCGGUCAAGCAAAUAUUCAAGGAUGGGCCAUCUUCUACCAAAGCAACUAUUCUGUAGCAUUCGUCAAACCAAAAUGUGUCGUUCCAGGACACGUACUGGUGAUGCCAUUAAAGUCAACUAAACGUAUCCUCGACAUGCAGCCGGAAGAACUAGCAGAUUUAUUUUUAACUGCACAACACGUUCAACGUGGCAUGGAACUCUUCCACGGGGUUUCUUCGUCCAUGAUCGCCGUGCAAGACGGACCUGAUGCUGGACAAAGCAUUCAACACGUGCACGUUCACAUCAUGCCUCGACGACCAAACGACUUCAAGGAAAACGACGAAGUCUACGAUGAACUGAAUAAACACGAUAAGGAACCCGCCGCCGGCUGGCGCACGAAAGAGGAAAUGAAGAAAGAAGCCGAUGAACUUCGUCCAUUUUUCAAGUCCUUGUAGUUCCAAAAAUUCAAUGGUUGACUUGCUGUAGCGCUAGAAAGGCAGCGGUAUCAAAUAAAACGAUUUAGCCACCGUUA